AUAGAGAUAAUUACCCAGUUCUUCUUAGUAAAACAUGGUAUUUUAAAGCUAAUCUUGAUAUCUAUCAAAGAUGUGGAAAGAACAAGCUAUUUCAAAUACAUAUUAAGCACAAACACAAUGAAAUCGCUAAGGAAUGCAUUUUUGAAAAUGCAAAAUAUGUAGUAUUUAACAAUACAAUUAGUCAAAGAAUCUAUAGAAAAAUACAAAUAUCUCCACCUCAAUUAUUACAAUUCCUGAUGCCAAUAAUGCCGAACAAAAGAAUUGUCGAAUAUGAAAAAGUUAAAUAG